AUGGCACCAAAUCCAAAUCCCAAGACUGCAGACGGCAAAAAAGCCGAUCUGCAAAAGGACACCAUCGACAUCCACAGCAAGCAGCACAUGACAACCGACCACGGCGUUAAAAUCUCCAACCCAGACCAAUGGCUCCGUGUCGUAGACGAAAAGAAGACUGGGCCCUCGCUCCUAGAAGACCAAAUCGCCCGUGAGAAGAUAAUGCGCUUCGACCAUGAACGUAUUCCAGAGCGAGUAGUUCACGCGCGCGGCACAGGUGCCUUUGGUAAAUUCAAACUAUUCGAGAGUGCCGAGGACGUAACAACCGCCGGGGUCCUAACCGAUACCAGCCGGGAGACGCCGCUGUUCGUGCGGUUCUCGACCGUUCAGGGUAGCAAGGGCAGCGCGGAUACGGUGCGCGAUGUGCGCGGGUUCGCCAUCAAGAUGUAUACCGCGGAGGGCAAUUGGGAUAUCGUCGGGAAUAAUAUUCCUGUCUUCUUUAUUCAGGACUCGAUCAAGUUCCCUGAUGUGAUUCAUGCUGUUAAGCCUGAGCCGCAUAAUGAGGUGCCGCAGGCUCAGUCUGCGCAUAAUAAUUUCUGGGAUUUCCAAUAUAUGCAUUCGGAGGUUACGCAUAUGAAUCAGUGGAUUAUGUCUGAUAGAGCGAUUCCACGGUCGUUCCGGAUGAUGCAGGGUUUCGGUGUGAAUACCUAUUCCUUGAUUAACAAGGCUGGAAAGCGUCAUUUCGUCAAAUUCCACUUCACUCCAGAGCUGGGCGUGCACUCGCUCGUCUGGGACGAGGCACUGAAGAUCGGCGGACAGGAUCCCGACUUCCACCGGAAAGAUUUGAUGGAGGCGAUUGAGGCAGGGCACUUCCCACGCUGGAAGUUUGGCAUCCAGCUCAUUCCCGAAGAGAAGGUUGACGACUUCGAGUUCGACCCUCUUGAUGCCACUAAGGUCUGGCCCGAGGAGCUAGUACCUAUCCGUUACAUCGGCGAGUUGGAACUCAACCGCAACAUCGACGAGUUCUUCCCUCAGACCGAGCAGGUCGCCUUCUGCACGAGUCACAUCGUGCCUGGCAUUGACUUCUCUGACGACCCUUUGCUCCAAGGUCGCAACUUCUCAUACUUUGACACGCAGAUCUCACGACUCGGACCGAACUGGGAGGAACUGCCCAUCAACCGGCCAGUAUGUCCAUACAUGAGCCUAGUCAACCGGGACGGCCAGGGUAGACACCGCAUCACAAAGGGUAAGGUGAACUACUGGCCAAACCGAUUUGAGGCCAACCCGCCCGCGACACAAGAGCAGGGUGGCUUCGUCAGCUACCCGCAGAAGCAACAAGGUGCAAAGAAGCGGGCGCUGUCAGAGAAGUUCAAGGAGCACUUCAAUCAAGCCCAGGUAUUCUACAAUUCCCUCUCACCGAUUGAAAAGAUGCACGUGGCGAAGGCAUUCUCGUUCGAGCUAGACCACUGUGACGACCCGAUCGUCUACAAGCGCAUGACAGAGCGUCUAUCCGCAAUCGAUCUAGACCUAGCCAAGAAGGUUGCGAAGAAUGUCGGCGGUGAUACACCUGUUAAGUCCCCAAAAGAAAACAAAGGCAUCAAAGCCAAGGGUCUGAGCCAGCUUGAAUUCAUGCCGAAGACACCUAUCAUCACGACGCGUCGUGUCGCCAUCCUGCUUGCCGACGACUUUGACUUCAACCAGUAUACCACGAUGAAAGAAGUGCUUACCGAUCGCGGGGCGUUCGUUUUCACUAUUGGUGCGCAGCGUCAGGGCGUGACUGCCGAGUCUGGGCAGAAGGUUAUUCCCGAUCACUUCUUUAAUGGGGCGCGGUCAACACUGUUCGAUGCGGUCUACGUGCCCGGUGGAAAACAUAUUCAGGCACUGUUGAGUAAUGGUGUUGCGAAGCACUGGAUCUCUGAGUCUUUCGCUCAUCUCAAGGCCAUUGCUGGUGCUAACGAGGCUGUGCCGUUUAUUGAACGGCAGAUCGGGCUUUCUGAGGUUGAAGUUGCGAAGAGUGGCUCGCCACUAAAGGAGUCCUAUGGUGUUGUUACAGGCUAUGGAGAUGCAGUUUCGUUGUUGAAGGUUGUGGGCUUUUAUACCCACUCUAUUGCUCUGAUUGCGGAUGCUUUCCACUAUCUGAAUGAUUUGGUUGGAUUUAUCAUUGCGCUUGUUGCAUUGAAGAGAUCCGAGCGCAGUGACUCGCCCAAGGAACUUACUUUUGGAUGGCAGCGGGCUCAGCUACUCGGCGCCUUUUUCAAUGGUGUUCUUCUACUUGGCUUGGGUAUCAGUAUAUUUUUGCAGUCCAUCGAGCGAUUUAUUGCUGUGCAACAUGUCCACGAUCCCAAGUUGAUGUUUAUCCUUGGAUGUAUCGGAUUGGGCCUAAACAUUAUUAGCGUAGUCUUUCUUCACGAGCAUGGACCCGGACAUGAACACAGCCAUAGCCUAUCCACAAUUGAGGCACCGGUUCUUCACCUCGGUGACGAAUGCCAUGAUUCAAGUACCAAGCAUCACGAUCACAAGCAUCUUCAUUUCGAAAAACUUCACUGCGCAGACUCAGGCCACGGUCAUGGUCAUGGCAGUCACGACCACGGUGAUCUUGGUAUGAUGGGAGUCAUGAUCCACGUUCUCGGCGAUGCAAUCAAUAACCUGGGCGUUAUGGCCGCCGGUCUGGUUAUCUGGCUCGCAGCACCCCAUGCCGGCCGAUACUAUGCCGAUCCCGGGGUGAGCAUGUUUAUUGCCAUUCUCAUUAUUCUGUCAUCUUUCCCUCUGAUGCACCGAGCGGGAAUGAUCCUACUGGAGAGCGCACCGACGGGGAUUGACAUUAAAGGUGUCAAAUCAAUUCAUGAACUCCACAUCUGGCGCCUUAACCAACAAAAAACACUCGCCUCAGUGCACGUUGUUGUGUCCGAUAACUCAGUCGAGGAGUUUAUGAAGACUGCCCAGGUGAUCAAUGAGUGUUUCCAUGUCUAUGGAAUUCACUCGAUUACAAUGCAGCCCGAGAUAUCAGAAGUUUCUGAAUCAUCCCGGUGCCAGGUUAUCUGCGGGACGGCACAAGCCCAGAAAGGCAAAGACAUCUUAAACAAUUCUAUUCCGAAGCAAUGGCUUCUCCCCAUCGACAGGCUGCCACCAGUCACGCAGAAGAGUGUGGUGGAUUUCCCUCAACAAAGCGGGGUGUUGAAUGAGCGCGAGCUUGCCAUUACUGAUAUGUCCGCCACGGCACUUGUGACAGAAAUGGGCAAUGGAAAAAUGAGCGCCGAAGAAGUCGUGGUUGCGUUUUUGAAGAGGGCCGUGUUGGGCCAUCAACUGCUCAAUUUUGCAACUGAAUUUAUGGCCGACGAGGCCAUCGCUCGGGCCAAAGAGCAUGAUGAGUACUACAGACGUACAGGAGAACUGGUUGGGCCUCUGCAUGGCAUACCUAUCAGCGUGAAAGAGCAUAUAUCAAUGAAGAAUCGAAUGUGUAACACGGGAUAUGUAGCUUGGGUCGACAAAGUCACCACGGAAGAUUCAUUUCUUCUCCAACUCCUAUCGAAAGCCGGGGCCAUUUUUCAUGUUCGGACUAACCAACCCCAAUCCUUAAUGCACCUGUGUUGCAGCAACAACAUUACCGGCACAACCUUAAACCCACUCAACCGGACUCUAAGUCCAGGGGGCUCCUCUGGAGGCGAAGGUGCCUCAAUGGGCUUUCGGUGCGCGCCACUCGGCAUUGGAACGGACAUCGGCGGAUCAAUUCGCUGCCCGGCAGCGUUUUGCGGUGUGUACGGCUUCCGUCCAUCCUCACUGCGGAACCCCGUAACAGGGCUUAAAGUAGCUGCGUCGGGUCAGGAGACAAUCCGCGGCGUGGUGGGUCCGAUGGCUAGUCGCUCGAUCGAGGAUCUAGAGCUGUUCCAGAGAGCCGUGUUGGAACAGGAGCCUUGGGACAUUGAGACAUCUCUGAUGCCUGUGCCGUGGAAGGUGGUUGCUCCGAUGCGGGACAUGACGGUGGCUAUUAUGUGGGAUGAUGGCUGGGUCCGCCCUCAUCCACCCAUCACUCGUGCUUUGAGACAUGCCAAGGAGAAGCUGGUAGCGGCAGGUGUGAAAGUCGUAGACUGGGAGCCAUAUAAGCACCAGCAUGGCUGGGAAGUUAUUUCCGCUCUGUACUACCCUGACGCUGCUAGCAAGCAACGCGAAAUGCUUGCUAAAUCAGGCGAGCCAGCACGCCCACUAACCGACUGGGCGCUCUCCUACAGCCGAAACACGCCUCUUUCUCACCCUGAGGCAUGGGCCCUGCAUGACCAGCGCGAUAUUUAUAGAGACGAAUACCACGCUCUCCUCAAGCGUCGUGGUGUUGACUUUAUUCUCUCCCCGACAUAUCCCGCUGCUGCGGCAGUGAUGGGCGAGUCGCAGUAUUGGAAUUAUACUGCAAUUUGGAACUUGGUAGAUUUGCCUUCUGUGGUGUUCCCGUCUGGGAUCACUGUGGACCCAAAGAUAGAUGCGUUGACGGAGCAGGAUAGGAAAUAUAUUCCUAGGGACAAGGUUGAUGAGAGGGAGUGGCUUAAGUACCAGAAUCCAGAGAGAUAUGAAGGUGCGUCGGUGGGACUGCAGAUUGCUGGGAGGCGGUUUAAGGAUGAGGAAACAUUAGCGGCAGCCAAGGUUGUCGAGGAGAUCAUUAGAGAUAGUUAA